CUUCUUUUUCCCAGUAUGAAUUUUGGGUCAUCAUCAGUUUUCUGUAUUCUUGCUGCGAGUAUGGGAAGCAAUUUUAUCGACGAAACUACCAGCUGUGGUGAGGCUGAUGGGUCUGAAACCACUAUUGAGAUUAAGUUAAAAACUUUAGAUUCUCAAACCUAUACUCUCAGAGUGGAUAAACAGAUGCCAGUCCCUGCUUUGAAAGAACAAAUUGCUUCUGUAACUGGUGUGUUGUCAGAACAACAACGUCUUAUAUGUCGAGGAAAAGUUCUGAAGGAUGAUCAGCUCUUGUCUGCCUAUCACGUUGAAGACGGUCACACCUUGCAUUUGGUUGUCAGGCAGCCUCUUCCACCAUCAGAGACUUUGUCCAAUCGGCCAGAGACUGAUCCAAAUUCGAGUACGAGUCGGGUGGCUCCUGGUGUGGUGAUUGAAACUUUUAGUAUGCCUGUUCAAGGGGAUGGUGUACCCCCGGAAAUCAACAGGAUUGUUUCCGCCGUUCUAAGUUCAAUUGGACUUUCAACUUCUGUAACCGGCAGUGAAGUGAUGGAUGUCGUCAGGGAAAUUGACCAACAAAGAUCUGGAGAGCGGGUGAUUGCAGCUGGGAUGAUAGAUUUGAACCAGCAUCAAUCUGGUGACAAUGGCUCAAGGCCACUAUCUGAUAGGUUUCAUGGCACAUCUGGACAUCCAUCGAUCCCUUCGUUAGGAUUGUUUCCUCCUCCUGUAAUUCCUGAUUCUUUGGCAACUUUGUCUCACUACCUCACUAAUAUGAGGCGUGAUUUUGAAAAUAUCGCAGGCAGAGUUGGAGGAAAUAAUGGUCAAGAAGCUAAUACUCAUGGAGCUGAGGAAAGUAGCUCUAAUUCCUCAACUCGUCCAAGCACCACCCAUGAAAGUUUCCCUACUCCUGCAUCGUUGGCUGAAGUCAUGUUUUCUACUAGACAGAUGCUUACAGGGGAAGUCUCAGAGUGCCUACUCCAACUCGGAAGACAACUGGAGAAUCAUAGGAAUGUUACCGAUCCUACAUCAAGGAUGAACACUCAGUCUUCUGCCUGGAGAAGCGGAGUUCUAUUUAAUAACCUAGGUGCAUAUCUCCUCGAACUUGGUCGCACUAUGAUGACAUUGCGAAUGGGCCAAAAUCCUUCCGAAGCUGUUGUUAAUGCUGGACCUGCAGUUUUCAUUUCCCAAACUGGUCCUAAUCCUAUAAUGGUUCAGCCUCUCCCCUUUCAACAAAAUCCAAGCUUAGGUCCAGUUCCCAUGGGAGCCAUGCAGCCUAGCCCUGCACUAAUACAUGGUCUUGGUUCUGGAUUUCUUCCAAGGCGUAUUGACAUACAAAUUCGAAGAGGUUCACCAACUACGGCACCAAAUAGCAAUCCAGAGGAACGCAGUGGAGCUCAGCAGCCUUCAGGGCAACAAGAAGCAGGCAGAGAUGUGGGUGAAAAUCCCACCAAUCAAGCAACCACUAGGAUUGUAGAGGGCCCAAGUGUGGGUGGAGAAUCUGGAGUGCGAGUAGUGCCACUUAGGACCAUGGUUGCAGCAUUACCCGGACCCUUUAGCCGCUUAUCUUCAAAUUCUUCUGGUAAUUCAAUUGGGUUAUACUAUCCUGUUCUUGGAAGAUUUCCUCACCCUGCUUCAGGAAUUGCAAGGGGCGAGCGAGGAAGUCAAGCUUCAUCAGCGCGUCAAUCUACCGGCCUCCAGAAUGAACAGCAUACAACUCUUGAAUCUGUUGUGGAACAGCUGAAUGCAGAAGAGGCUGCGAGAGAUGCUAGGGCCCAAGGUAACCUAGAAUCCGAACGACAAGUUCCUAGCAAUGUUGUCCAGUUUCUUCGGACUCUCUUUCCCGGUGGUGAAAUCAACAUUGAAGAUGCCAGUUUCCAGGAGAUUAGUGGUUCUGUUCCUGCUCAUCAUUCCAUGGUGGCAUCAAGUUCUGUCUCAAAUGUACAAGAAUCAGACCCAAGAACUACUGAUGAGGGAAUGUUUUUGUCCAACAUAUUUCACCAAAUCAUGCCAUUCACAUCUCAACGAGGCAACGAUCCAGAUAUGCCUUCAGUAGAGGCAAAUGCCUCCGAGAAUCGGAAUGUCUCAGAUUCUUCUGCACAAGCUUCAUCAAAUGGGGAUGCUGAGACGUCACGCAGACGUACUGAUGCUGAAUCUGAUGCUCCAAGUACCAAACGUCAAAAGAAAGAUUGAUCCAAGAAAAGGCGACCAGAGAUUCCGGGAUCUUAAUCUGAAGUUGCACCUUCGAACUUCUGGGAACGUUAUCACAAAACCGAAUCAAUUGUGGAAUUCCCUUCACAAAUUGCGAGGAGCGCCACAGCCUCUGCGAAUUAAGUGUACUAUUUUUCAUUCUCUUCUUUGCAAUUCCCCGCCCUCCCCUAGCCUCGCCCUCCCCAUCACCUUGUACGAUAUCGUGUGACAUUACUAUUUUACCCCUUUGCCCAGCGUCUGGACCCAAAAUGGAAAAGAAGUAAAAUGAAAGCAUUUUUCGAAUUUACAGUGAUCCCAUAUAUGUGAAUGGCCCUUAAAACUAUUAGAUCAAACUCAAGUUUGUGCUUUUAGC